AUGGAACCGGAGCCGACCCUUGCCUCUCUCCUUGAGGCUAUCAAUACCCUCACCAGCCAAGUCGGGUCCUUGCAGGCCCAAAUCCACUCUCAAGGCCAACAGCUCUCUGAGCUCAAAGCCAUAUGCAAGGAGACCAACAACCUUGUUGGCAACAAGGACCAGGGCGGAGCCCAAGCCAAGCCUGGCCCAUUGACUGGGCCUGUUACCCCUCCUACCCACUCAGGGGGGGAAGCACACACUCCAGGAACGGUUAGGCCUGGGCUCAAGGCCCCUUUCAGGCCAUCAAGAGGAACAGGUUUCGAUUCAGAGGAAGAAGAGGAGCCCAGACGCCCCAAAAAAGAGCCUUGCAGCACGCCUAGGAGCCUCAGCUCCCUCACCCCCUUUGACACAGGGUCCAGCGUGAAGCGCCCCAAGAUGGACCUCCCAGAUCCUUACAAGGGAGAAGUCAGGGGCCAAAAAGCCACUCAAUGGCUGGAUAGGAUGAUGCUCUGGGUAGCCCUCCACCGUGAUCAAUUUGACAAGGAGGAACAAAUGGUCGUGUGGAUCCUAUACCACAUGACUGACAAAGCUGCCGACUGGGCACUCCCCAUCAUUGGGACAAUCAUCAAGGGCAAGGGGAACCCCCCUACCACCAUAACGGCCUUAACAGCCAAAUUUAAGGAAGCCUUUGCAGAUCCCAAUGCCAAGAGGGCAGCCGCCAGAAAGAUUGCUGCGCUAACUCAGACCACAACCACGGCUGAGUAUGUCACCAAAUUCUGCAAUCUCAUGGCGGAACUUGAUUGGAACAAGGAGGCCUAUAUUGCCCAAUUCACGCGCGGCCUUCACUGGAAGGUCAAGGAACUGCUGUCUACCAAAGAUAGCAUCCCAGACAACCUCAAAGCCAUCUUUGCAGCGACAAUCAAAAUUGACAAUAUCCGCCGCAAAAAUGAGGAGAACCGCCCUAAAAAGGCACCAGCCAAGUCCCCGGCCACCGUGGCCACCUCCACUACCACCAACAGGGUCCGCCUAUCCAAGGACCCCAAUUACGUCACUCCGGAGGAACAGGAUUGUUGCCGCGCAUCAGGACUUUGCGUCAAGUGCGGUCAAAAGGGCCAUGGGAUCAAACAGUGCCCCAACGGCUGGAAGGCCACAAUUAAGGAGGUUGCCAAGGUGGCAGAAGAAGAGGAUAGAAUUGAAUUUGUAAAUCUAGGACUAGAUUCAAAUAAAAAACCACUGCUCUUCAUUGAUCUAUAUGCCCAGAACUUCCCGGCAGAACCUUUGAAAACACUAAUAGACUCAGGAGCCACGUCAAACUUCAUUUCCCCCUUGAUUGUGGAAAAAUACAAAAUCCCAAAAACCCAACUCAAAAAUCCACAAGUUGUGAGAAUGUUAGAUGGCACCAUUUCCCAGACUGGUUGCAUUUGGCACCAGGUCCACAUCACGGUUUUGGCCAAUGGCUACACCCACUCCAUACCUUUUCUUGUUUGCCCCAUUGGCAACACCCCGGCAAUCCUUGGCAUGACUUGGUUAACGGCAGAAGCUCCCCUUAUUGACUGGCAGCAGGGACUAAUCACCUUCCCUGAACAAGCACAGAUUGCCUCCAAGGAAGAAGCGGACCCAGAUCCUUUAGCAGACCUUCCCCCUCAGUACCAUGAGUUCGCUAAAGUAUUUGGCAAAGAAGAAUUUAAGGUCCUACCCCCUCACAGGGAAUACAAUAUCGCAAUAGACCUUGUUCCUGAUGCCAAACUUUCCCCAGGGCCAAUCUACGGAAUGACCAACGCAGAAUCAAGAGCGCUAAAGCAGCACAUUGAUGAAGAACUGGCCACGGGCAAAAUCCGUCCUAGUACCUCCUCUGCUGGUGCUCCAGUAAUGUUUGUCAAAAAGGCCAACAGUUCCCUCAGGCUGGUUGUUGAUUACAGGAAGUUGAAUGACGUUACCCAUAAGAACGUAUAUCCCUUACCAAGGCAGGAUGACCUCAUGGCUAAACUUAGGCAUGCCAAGGUCUUCACAAAAUUGGACUUACGCUGGGGAUAUAAUAACAUUUGGAUCAAGGAAGGUGACGAAUGGAAGACUGCCUUUAGGACUAAAUACGGCCUAUUUGAGUACCUAGUGAUGCCCUUUGGCCUUACCAAUGCCCCUGCAGCGUUCCAACACUUCAUGAACAAUCUGUUUAGGGACCUCAUCAAUGUCACUGUGGUUAUCUACUUGGAUGACAUCCUGAUCUUCUCGGAAGACCCCAAGGACCACCCAACCCAUGUCAGGGAGGUCCUAUCACGGCUAUUGAGGAAUCAGCUGUUCUGUAAACUCUCUAAGUGCCACUUCCAUGUUACAACAGUAGAUUACCUUGGCAUUGUCAUUUCCCCUGCUGGGUUCUCAAUGGACCAAAAGAAGAUUGAGGCCGUCACUUCCUGGCCCACGCCCAAAACUGUUAAACAGGUCCAAGCCUUCCUAGGGUUUGUCAACUACCUUAGGCGUUUCAUUCCCAAUUUCAGCUUGGUUGCCCGUCCCCUCCACAACCUCACAAAAAAGGAAACCCCAUGGUUGUGGGAAAUCCAAGAAGAGGAGGCGUUUCAGGAGUUGAAAUCUCUGGUUACUAAGUCCCGGUCCUUAUCCACUCCAAACCUGACCAACCCUAUGGGAGCCAUCCUAAGCCAACAAGGGGAGGAUAACCGCCUUCACCCAAUUGCUUACAUGUCCAAGUCCUUCUCCGGUGCAGAAGCUAAUUAUGACACCCACGAUAAGGAGCUCCUGGCUAUUAUUAAGGCACUGGAGGAAUGGAGGAUAUUCCUGGAGGCAACGGAUAAACCAGUACAAGUGUUCACAGACCAUUGGAACUUAGAAUACUGGAUGCAGGCAAGGACAUUCAACCGGCAACACGCGAGAUGGCGCAUAUUCCUGAGCGACUUCAAUUUCGAAAUCCACUACCGGCCAGGGAAACAGUUGGGGAAGCCAGACGCAUUGUCCAGACAAUCAGACUAUGUUGACAACCCCUCGGAACCAGAAGUUAUGCUUCCAGCAGAAGUCUUUGCAAACACAUCUCAGGAAGAACUGGAGAUUGUCACAGAAGUACGCUCCAAACUAAGGGAAGAUCCCUCCCUGGACCCCAUCAUCCAGAAGGCGUACAAAGAUUACGACUGGGAAGAGGACCUCCUCUGGUACCGGGGAAAAUUGGUAAUUCCAGACAAUGAACCCCUGAAGGACAGACUCCUCAGAGAAUUCCACGACUCCCCCCUAGCAGGACAUCCAGGUCAGCAAAGAACCCUUGAACUCCUAAGUCGUAACUACUGGUGGCCUGGCAUGAAGUCUACCGCCAAGGAAUGGGUAGAAUGUUGCCCUAUCUGCCAAGCCAACCGAUGCGCUCAUGCUCCUGUCAUCACCCUUAAACCCCUAGAAGUCCCCCCUUAUCCGUUCCACACCAUCUCUUAUGACUUCAUUACAGGGUUUCCCAAGUCCCAAGGUCACAACGCUAUACUGGUGGUAAUAGACUCCUUUUCCAAAUUUGGCCAUUUCAUCCCCACUUCCAAGAGGAUCACAGCAAGGGGUCUGGCGGAUCUAUUCAUUACCCACGUCUGGAAACUCCAUGGGCUACCUGUCAAAACAGUCUUGGAUAGAGGAACUACCUUCACGGGGAAAUUCCUAAGGGCACUCUACCAGCGACUUGGAGUGAAACCAGCAUUCUCUUUGGCUUAUCACCCAGAGUCAGAUGGGCAAACGGAAAGAGUCAACCAGUUCAUUGAAUUUUACCUAUGCUCCUACGUGGCAGCCGAUCAUUCUGAUUGGGCAGCUUGGUUACCCUUGGCAGAAUAUGCGUACAAUAAUGCCAAACACGCAGCAACAGGAAAAACACCCUUUGAACUGGUCUACGGACAAAGCCCAGUGAUGAACCCUUCCAACGUCCCAGCCAACGUACCAGAGGCAGACAAUGUAGCAGACACACUAGCCCGGGAAUGGAAAGAAGCCAAGUCAGCCCUCAGAUUAAGCAAAGAACGGAUGACCAGGAACCAAGGAGCAGUACCGGAGUACUUGAUAGGAGAGAAAGUCUGGCUGGACGGAAAGAACGUAGAACUCAGGACCAAUUCAAACAAAUUGGACCCCAAACGUCUUGGUCCCUUCAAAAUCCUUGAGAAAAUCUCCAGCCACGCCUACCGCCUAGAACUCCCAGAAACUCUAAAAAUCCAUGACGUCUUCUAUGUUGGGUUGCUAUCGAAGAGCCACAAGUCACCAAGUCAACCAUUUCCGGAACAACCUCCCCCUGAAACAAUAGAAGGAGAGGAGGAGUAUGAAGUUGAACAGAUCAUCGACUCAAAACGUCAACGGGGAAAGUGGUUCUACCUGAUAAAAUGGAAAGGUUACAGCCCAGAAGACAAUUCAUGGGAACCCAAGGAAGUCCUGGAGCAUAGUCAAGAGGAGAUCCAACGCUUCAACAAGUUGCGCCUAAAAAAGGCUUGUGACUCUGCCAAGAGCCUUUAA